AUGGGUCGACGGUCGCAUUCGUCGUCAUCGUCCAUAGCGUGGCGCCAUCUGAGCCCGUCGUACUACCUUAGGCGGCCGGCGCGCCUUGCCCUCCUCCUCGUCGGCUUUGUCGCCGCCUGGGACCGCCUCUCCCUCGUUCGCGACUAUGAGGCUGAGAUAUCCCGAUUGGAUGAGGAGGUAAAUCAGCUGCAUGACCAGUUAAGAAUGGCUGGAAUUUCUCUGGAUGAAAAUCUAAAUAUCGAAAGCAUCAUCAAGAAACAUCAUCUAGAAGUUGACCCUGUCAAUAAUGUGAGGAGAGAAAAGGUUAAGGAAGCUAUGCUUCACGCUUGGAACUCAUAUGUAAAGUAUGCAUGGGGACAGGAUGAGCUCCAGCCUCAGUCAAAGAAUGGUGUCAAUAGUUUUGGUGGCCUUGGGGCAACAAUUGUGGACUCACUUGAUACACUACAUAUAAUGGGAUUAAAAGAUGAAUUCCAGAAGGCUAGAGACUGGGUCACAGAAUCAUUAAACUUUGACAAGGAUUACGAAGCAAGCGUGUUUGAAACAACAAUAAGAGUAGUUGGAGGUCUUCUGGCCUAG